CGUCGUGGACGUAGUCCGACACUGAUCCCCUCUCGUUCCCGCCUUUCCGGACGUCGGGCCACUAGACUGAAUCCGGAAACAAGUAGAGUGGCACAUGACGUCUCAGAAGGGCGUCUGGAAACGGUGAGCACUUCUCCAGGCGGUCGCGCUCAUGCUGGUCGUGCUGGUGACGGAAGCGGUUCUGGUGGUGCUGGUUCUUUCGCCAUAGUUGGCAUCAAUUCCGCCACAUCGAUUGCCUCUAUCCCCACGACUACAGCGUCACUUUCGCUUUCGCUUUCGCCUCCAGUUAGUCUGCCAGCCUCCUAUGCUGCUCGUCGUCGCCACGCCUCUCCGUUACAUCCGCAUCAAACUGUUGCCAGUCUUGCUUAUCCCGUGGCAAGCCGAUCCAUCUCCUCUUGGACUCCUCCACCAACUCCAAGACGGCGUGUAUUGGAGCCAAGAGUAGGCAGCCUUCUAGGGCCGAUAGAGGUCAACUCUGACUUGCAGCGACAAUCCCACCACCAACAGCAGCAACAGCAACAGCAUCAUCCUCAUCAGCAAAGCCAAGACUUCGAUCGUCAACGCCAACAGGUUCUGUCGCGACUCAAGCCGCCAUCAGAUCACCAUCGUCAAGAGCUUGUCCUUUCGGAAUUGGGACCCACACUAUCCCCGCGGCUUCCAAGAACACGAUCGAUUGAGGCUUUUCGGCCCAAUUCACCAGUGUUGAGUUCCACGAGUUUUUACUCUUCUCCAUAUAGGCAGCAACAGGCAAACACAGCCAGACUUGGGCCUACUGAAAGGAUGGCUUCGUCCUCCGUAAGUUCCGCAAACCUGCACUCAGUGUCUUCUAGUGACAAGCAGAAUCGUUAG